CUGCCUGCGCGUGACGUGAUGCACUACUUUCAGUCAACCGCCUAAUUUAUGUAUUAAAUCGUUUGGAAGAUGGGGUUGCGAUGUUAAAAGAGGAAUAACAGCGAAACGUUUGCGCAGUUGCAGUGAUGGUUUAAUAACACGCGCUCUGUGGGAUAUAAUCCGCGGUUUAAAGCUCGUGUUUGUGGUCAGCUCGCGCUUGUUUGAUGGCGUGCUAGUUUAUCUAGUCAGUGACUAAAUAAAUAUUCGAUAUAGCUCUAUCCCGAGGACAUCACACACUAACAAACAUGUGUUUGUACUACAGUGUCAGACAGAGUAAAUCGGUGUAAACGCGACUGUAUUGUGGAGAUCAGGGCAGAAUGGCACCGUGGUGGAUCACGUUCAUCGCUUUACUGUGGGAGUUGCAGUGGUGUGUGUGCCGUGAGGUCACUCUUCCCGCCGGUCCGCUGUACCGGGUCGCCGGUUUCUCGCUGUCUCUGCCCUGCACAGUUUCGGGAUAUGAAGGCCCGCGGACGCAGGAGUUCGAGUGGUACCUGUACCGGGAGGAUGCUGGGGGUCGGCAGAUCGGUGUGGUGUCCACGCGAGACACUGGGUUUCCGUACGCGCCGUUCCAGGGUCGUGUGCAGGCGGGUGAGGUUCGGGUCGAGAGGGACUCGGGCGAUAAAGCCAGACUGAUAAUCCAGAGGCUUCGUCCAGAUGAUCAGGGCCGUUACGAGUGUUACACUCCCAGCACUGACUCGCGCUUCCUGGGGAACUACAGUUCGUCAGUGGAAGUCAAAGUCAUUCCAGAUACGCUGCUGAUAACACACUCGCGGAUUCUGAGCGGCCAGCCUGUAACCGAAGGCACGGAGCUUCAGCUCACAUGCGCAGCGUCAGUCCAGUCGGAUCAGCACACUCAUGUUUCCGUCACGUUCGGCGUGCGAAGCAGCGGGGGGGCGGAGUCUCAGGGUCACAACCUGAGGGAAAUAAUCGCCAUCGACCGCGAGCUGCGCGUCACUCCGGGCCACAGCGGCGGAUACGGGAAGAGAUACAGAGAUGGAGAGAUCGCUCUGGAAAAGCGUAAAGGGGACGGAGCCAGGGAUCUGUACGUGAUGAAGAUGAGCGCUCUCGCCCCGGAGGAUUCUGGGUCGUAUUUCUGCGAGGCUGUGCAGUGGAUCAGAGAUCCGGAUGGCAAAUGGGAACGCAUCGCGCAGAGGACCAUGGAGCUCGGGAAUCUCACCGUUCAACCACUUGUGGACACUCUGAGCGUUCGCUCGGUUCCAGACGGUGACGUCUCUCUGCAGCUCGGCGCUCCUCUCAGCCUCACCUGUCAGGUGACUGGCGUGGGCGCGUGGAACCGCUCGGCGCUGCUGGUUCAGUGGAUGCGGCGCGGGCCGACGGGUGGCGUGGAGGUGGAGGUGUCUCGCUUGGGACCCGACGGCGUGGUCACAUGGGGCGAUGAUGUCAGCAGAGCGGGGGGCGGCAGUAUGGAGAAGGAGGCUGAUGGGAAGUUUUCUCUGCGCCUGUUCUCCGUUCACCCCGCUGACGCCGGACUCUACCGGUGCGCCGUGAGCGUCUACGCCGGGAGGCUAACGCCGGGCCCGUCGAGUCCCGCAACGAUCACGCAGAGAUCGGACUGGGUCACUGUGAGCCUGAAGACUGACGAUGUGCGUGUGUCUGCCAGCGUCGAUCUUCCCCGUCGCCCGCUCCUGAGACGCGGCAGUACGAUCACGAUGCUCUGCAACGUCUCUGUGGAAACUAGCGCUUCUUCACAAGUGGAGGUGCAGUGGCUUCAGAAGCCCGAGGAGCCGGCGAGGAAAGACGUCACGUUUUCCAAGGACGCCACAGGAAAACUCAUAGCAACCCUGAGCUACGACGGGCUCACGCGCAUCUACAGCAACGCUAGCGAUCUGAGCGCCGACCGCGUGUCUGCCACGAGCUACAGGCUAAGGAUCUUCUCGGCGCGUGAAGAGGAUCAGGGGCACUAUCAGUGUCAAGCCGAGGUUUGGUCGCAGGAUCCGCGCGGCGGGUGGUAUAACACGGGUGCGAGAGCAGAGUCCGAGACCGUACACCUGUACCUGUAUGCCCGAGUUGCUGAUCUGCUGCUCAUUCCCCUCGUGGUCGGCGUGGCGUCGGCGCUGUUCGUGGGCGCACUGAUUAUUGCAACGGUGACGUGUUGCUUCAUGAAGAGACUGGCUAGACAGCACUCUCGCAUAAGGAAGUAGGACGUAUGAGACCCUCAUGGAAAACCAGUGAGAACAUUCAAAGACUUGAUUGGAGCAAAGAAAAACUGGUUUAAGGUAUUUCGGCAGUCUUGACGUAAUGUGCACUGCACUCACAAUUGGAAACGGCAUCAGAACGAUACUG